AUGCAUCGCUUUUUUGCAGAGCUGGAGCCAUCUCUAUCCGUCACUGAGCAAAACCUGGCAGAACGAGUUCGGUACAUCCUGCGCUCCAACAUAUUUGGUGACGCCGAACUCCAACGACUACGACGUGAGGCUGUUCCCUCAUCGGAUGGAAUUGCUACGGCUGGGAAUGCGGCGCCACUAAUUGCACAGCAAACUGCAAAUGUGGACGCUGCAUUCAAUAUUCCAUUUGUGGUUGAUUCGGACGAUGAUGGAAUAGUCCCCCACGAACUAGAGAAAAUGAGGAGCAUAUUGGAAGAGUCGAUGCUGGAAACGCGCAGCAUGCCUCUCGAAAAUCGACCGCGACUUCCCCGCAUACCCCUUAGCAAACGAAAUCGGGCUGUCGUGCGGGCUCUUAACCCAAUGCUGGUGACCUAUUUGGAAGCCAGCUGGGACCUUUGCGAGACGGACUCAAUUCUUUUUGGCGCCGCACUGGCAGUAUGCCGUAUUAUUGGCGCCAAACUUCCCAUGGAUGGACGUGCUACUCAACAAGGUAGUGCCAUCCCAGCCUGGAGAAAAAGAAUCGAGGACCGUAUCGCAAAGGCAAGGGCCCUUAUCGGCCUACUGACAAGCUUCAGGUCGGGUAAUAAUAGACCGAGUGUUGUGCGCACCGUUAGAAUGGCGUUUGCUGGGACAAAUAUUAGUUUGUCCCAGCCUGAUAUCACGCAGAAACUAACGGAGCGCAUAGAUGACCUGUAG